UAAAAGCUUCAGAGAGAAGCAGGAUGUAGGACCGUUACACACCAACAUGGCCCUCCAAGGUCCGUUCUCUCUUCUCAUGUCGACGGUUUAGGGGAGAGGUGUUGGCGGGGACAGCCUGACGUCUUGAAAAUGUCGACCAUCCUGGAUGCGGCGUCCAAGGCGAAAUGGAACCGCAUGACUGUAGCCAAGCGAGCCGUGUGUGUGGUGGCUGCUGCCUACGCUGUCAAAACAUUGUACCCUAUCAUCUACAGGCAAGUGUGCAAAAAUAAACCGACUGAAAACGGUGCUACAUGUCCGGCCGUAUCGCGUAAAGAUGUUACGGAUCCGUCAAAGACGUCCCCUGGGGUCAACGCCGAAUUCUUCAAGCAGAUGCUCGAACUUGCUAAAAUCCUCUUCCCCAAACUAGUGUCCAAAGAGAUCGGCUUACUCUCCUUGCAUUCAGUGGCGCUCGUUUCCAGGACCUUUUUGUCCAUAUACGUUGCCAGCUUGGAUGGGAAGAUAGUUAAAAGCAUCGUGGAGAAGCAACCCAAGAGCUUCAUCAUCCAGCUGAUCAAAUGGCUCCUCAUCGCCAUCCCUGCCACCUUCGUCAACAGCGCCAUCCGCUUCUUGGAGUGCAAGCUGGCGCUGGCCUUCCGCACCCGGCUGGUGCACCAUGCCUACAAGACCUACUUCACAGACCAGACCUACUACAAAGUCAGCAACAUGGACGGGAGGCUCGCCAACCCGGACCAGUCGCUCACAGAAGAUGUGCUCAUGUUCUCCCAGUCUGUGGCCCACCUUUACUCCAACCUCACGAAGCCCAUCCUGGAUGUGGUGCUCACUUCUUACACGCUCAUCCAGACCGCUCGGUCCAGGGGGGCCAACGCCAGCGGACCCACGCUACUGGCCGGCCUGGUGGUCUUCGCCACAGCUAAGGUUCUUCGGGCUUGCUCGCCUAGAUUUGGCAAGCUGGUGGCCGAGGAGGCUCACAGGAAGGGCUAUUUGCGCUAUGUGCACUCCAGGAUUAUCGCCAACGCCGAGGAAAUAGCCUUCUACAGGGGACAUAAGGUGGAGAUGCGUCAGCUCCAAAAGUGCUACCGCGCCCUGGCGGAACAGAUGAACCUGAUCCUCUCCAAGCGUCUGUGGUACAUCAUGAUCGAGCAGUUCCUCAUGAAGUACGUGUGGAGCAGCUGUGGCCUCGUCAUGGUGGCUGUGCCCAUCAUCACCGGCACCGGAUUCGCCGACAACGAAACAGCUGAUGGUCGCAAACACAUGAUGGUGAGCGAGAGGACGGAGGCUUUCACCACCGCACGCAACCUUCUCGCCUCGGGAGCGGACGCCAUCGAGAGGAUUAUGUCAUCCUACAAAGAGGUCACAGAGCUGGCAGGCUACACGGCGCGGGUCCACAACAUGUUUGUGGUGUUCCAGGACGUCCAGAGGGGCGUCUACAAGCGCUCCUCUCUCACGGCCGCUACGGGAGUGGAGAAGAGGAGCAAGCCCGAGAUGCACAUUGACGGACCGCUGGAGAUCAAGGGGGAAGUAAUCGACGUGGAUAACGGCAUCGUGUGUGAAAACGUCCCGAUCAUCACGCCUAACGGCGACGUGGUCGUGUCAAGUCUCAAUGUCAAGGUGGAUGAGGGAAUGCACCUAUUGAUCACCGGACCGAACGGCUGCGGUAAAAGCUCCCUCUUUCGUAUCCUCAGCGGUUUGUGGCCUGUGUACGGCGGGCGCCUCCAUAAACCGUCUCCUCAGCAUAUGUUCUACAUCCCUCAGAGGCCUUACAUGUCCAUGGGCUCCCUACGCGACCAGGUCAUCUAUCCAGAUUCGGUGGAAGACAUGGCCGCCAGAGGCCUCAACGACAAGGACAUGGAGGCCAUCUUGGACAUUGUCAACCUCAACCACAUUGUCACCAGGGAGGGAGGCUGGGAUGCCGAACUGGACUGGAAGGACGUGUUGUCUGGAGGCGAGAAGCAACGGAUGGGCAUGGCACGCAUGUUCUAUCACAAGCCUAAAUACGCCCUGUUGGACGAGUGCACCAGCGCUGUGAGCAUCGACGUGGAGGGCAAGAUUUUCCAGGCCGCCAAGGACGCCGGCAUCUCCUUGCUCUCCAUCACGCACAGACCUUCGCUAUGGAAGUACCACACGCACCUGCUGCAGUUCGACGGCGAGGGCGGCUGGCGCUUCGAGCAGCUGGACACGGCCACGCGCCUCUCGCUCACCGAAGAGAAGCAGCGCCUGGAGAACCAGCUGGCCGGCAUCCCCGAGAUGCAGCAGCGCCUCAACGAGCUCUGCAAGAUCCUGGGCGACGACUCGGUGCUCAGAACAGCUGAGCAGUGAGGGUAGGGGGGAGGGAGGGUGAAAAGGGGAGUGGCUUUCCUCUGCCCCCCCCACACACACUUAUUUUAUAUUCUUUUCCAAUUAUGCGGGCAUAUUAUAUCAAAAAUCCUCCAUUUUAAGCAGCAAAAAUAAGGAGCACAUUUUGUCAACAUGCUUGACAUUUAUAACAAAAUGUGAUUUUGUUGAGCAGGUUUUUAAUUGAUUUAACUUUAAUAUUAAUUUAUUUUAAGUAGCACUUUAUUCUACCUGUGGUAUUUUGAAAUAGUUUAAUAUACAGUAAUUACUAAAUUAAGCAGUAUUUCAGCAGUUUUUUUCUUUAUUUUGAUUCUAUCAAUUUUUUAAUGUCACGGCAUGCCUUUUUUUUUUGUGCAGAAUCAAAUUCUUUAAUGAUGUCUUAGCCCGUUUCUUUCCCCAAGCAGCUGCCUUUUUUCUAGUUUUUGCCUCAGGCUGCAAGCCCACUCAGACUUACAGAAUAAAUCAUCUAAAAAGUC